UCAAAUUAGAAGAGUUUUCCAUGCACCUUCAAAACCAUAAUUUCUGAUAUAUAUCAUUGUACGUAUUUGGAACAAUUUCAACAUUAUUUUCUACUCUCUUUUCCCUCCCAAAAAAUAGCAAAUAACCUAUUUUCACAAUAUCAUAGAUGAAGCUUCAACGAACUACUAGAAUUGGGAUUCUCAUCCAUUGUGUUCUUUCACUCCUCUACUUAUGCACCUCAUCACCCACUGCGUCUCCUUUAUGUGACAAAGGCCUUACAGUCGAAGUUCCUUACAUGACUUCGAAUGUUGAAGAAAUCGAAGGAAAAUCGUUUGAUUAUAUCAUCAUUGGAGGUGGAGCAAGCGGCUGUCCUUUAGCUGCUACACUCUCACAGAAGUUCUCCGUGCUUGUAAUCGAAAGAGGAGGCUCACCUUAUAACAAUCCAACCAUUCUCGAACGAAACGAAUUCGGGUAUUCACUUGUAGAAACAAACAAACACACUUCAGUAGCACAAAAAUUCAUUUCCUUAGAUGGAGUAGAGAAUUAUAGGGGAAGAGUUUUAGGAGGAUCAACGGCUAUAAAUAGUGGGUUUUAUAGUAGAGCAAGUAGUGAAUUUGUUAAGAAAAUGAGGUGGGAUGAAAAGAUGGUAAAACAAGCUUUUGAAUGGGUAGAAAAAAGGCUUGUUUUUGAGCCAGAAAUUCUAAGUAGUUGGCAAUCUGUUGUAUUGGAAGGGUUGUUAGAGGCAGGGGUUUUGCCUUUUAAUGGCUAUAGUUUGGAACAUGUUGAAGGGACUAAGUUAAGUGGUAGUAUAUUUGAUGUGUCUGGGAAAAGGCAUACUUCUGCUGAUCUUCUUGCAGGAGGAAAUCUGAAGAAUAUUGUUGUUCUAUUGAAUGCAACUGUGAGUAAGAUCUUCUUCCAACAUGAUGCAGGUGAUCAACCAAGGGCCAAAGGAGUAAAGUUCAUCAAAAGUACAGACAACACCAAAAAAUCCUACAAAGUAUACCUAAAGAAGGCAGACAAUUCAAGCACAUUAAGCAGUGAAGUUAUACUAUCAGCAGGAGCACUAAGCAGCCCACAAAUUCUAAUGCUAAGUGGAAUUGGACCUUCAAAACACCUCCAAAAUUUCAACAUUUCUGUUGUAGCAAACUUGAAAAGUGUAGGAAACAAAAUGCAAGACAAUCCUGCUAUUUCUCUCCUAGUAGACUCUAAGCCAAAAUCACGCAUACCAGAUACACCCCAAGUAACAGGUAUAACAGAUAGUUAUAAGAUCAUACUCGAAUCGAUCAUCGUUCCUAUUAGUACAAACUUAACCAGAGUUUCUAUAGCUGGUAAGCUUGCAUUUCCUGCUUCGACUGGCAAACUCGAGCUAAAGAACAAGGAUCCUAGGGAUAAUCCGUUGGUAAAGUUUAACUAUCUAUUAGAAGAUGAAGAUAUGGAGUUUUGUGUUAAGAUACAUCAGUUGGUUGAACAAGUAUCAAUGUCAGAUUCUGUAAGUGUUUAUUUGGGAAAUGAACGUAAUAGGUUUCAGAAGUUGGGAAAAGAGGAAAGUAAAGAGUAUUGUAAGAAGAAUGUGAGUACAUUUUAUCAUUUUCAUGGAGGUUGUACUAUAGGAGAAGUAGUCGAUGAAGAGUAUAGAGUUUUUGGAGUGAAGGGUUUAAGAGUUAUGGAUGGGUCUACUUUGGUUGAAUCCCCAGGGACUAAUCCUAUGGCUACACUUAUGAUGCUAGGGAGGUAUCAAGGUUUGAAAAUUUUAGAAAAAAGAAUGGGAUCGUCUUCGAAUUGAAUAAACUUUGUUAAUUAAGUGUUGAUGUUGUGUGUGUUUUUUUGUAUGUUACUGGUUAUUAAAGCGAUGUAACAAAUUAAUUGUAUUAUAAUAUAUUUUCUCUGUUUUAAAAUA